UGUUGUGACAGGAGAGGCAGAAAACACCUUUGUUCUUAUCUGUUAAGUUCUUGUGGACAGCAAAACAUUAAAGUACUUACGGAGAGUAUUUUGUUUUAUAGCCGAGCGUUAGCUGUCGCCUCAAUUAGUCCCAGUGUUUCAUCUAUCAUUCAUUAUCAUACACAUUUUAAACGCAAGCAGCGUUGUGCUGACGUGGUUUUAAUCGUUCUACCCGGUGAAUUUGAAUAAAAUCAAUUAAACAAUUGUUAAAUAGUUUUAAAUGAUGUCCACAAUGAAUGUGUUAAUCUGCUGCCUUAUGCUGCUGGCCAUCACUCAAGUGCAAGGCUACAGUUUCACAUCGAAAGAAGUCAAAUGCCACGUAUGCAAGGCGACGGUGCAGGAGUUAGAGGAUGCCAUUGCCAAGGAGGAUGCCAACAAAAAGGUUGACGUAAGCGGCUUCCGACUGGAUGCCCAAGGCAAUUCCAUAAGCAAGCGCGUGCUUCUAAUCAAAUCCGAGAUGUAUUUGACGGAACUCAUGGAAAAGAUUUGUGAAAAAAUGGAUGAUUACCUCAAGGCGACCUACAAGAGCAAUGGCAAAUUUACAUUGCUCAAGAUGAUAGUCGAUGGCAAAAUGAAUCCAGAGUCGUCGCUCGUUGAUUUUGUGCAAGAUGGUGAUCUCAACAAGAGCCUGGGGCAUUUUUGUCUCGAGGUGCUCGAAGAUAACGAGGAGACUUUCCUGAAAGCAUUCCAAGCCGAAAACCUUGGCAGCGAUUUAGAUAUUAAAAUCUGUUCUGAGCAGGCCAAUUACUGCGAUGAGGCGCCUGUGCAGGACGAAUACGACUUCGAUGGCAAAGAGGAAUUGUGAUCCCUAUAACAAUUCCAUUUAAUUAACGAAUUUUUAUGAUCAUCAUUGUUAUAGAGUGCCUGCAACAGGCGCCAAUUUGUACUGACCUAACGAACGAAAUUUGUACAUUAUAAAUUUGAUAUGCGUCAAAUACAAGCGACUUAAAAUGACAAUAAAAUUGAGACGUGCAAUUCCACAGAAA